AUGGCUUCAAACGGCGCGCACACGGCCUUUACUCCCUCAGAUGUCCUGGCCGCCGUCAUGACCAUGAGGAGCGGCCAGCAAGACGACAAGACAAAGGCCCAUCACUAUCUCGAGAGGUUCCAAAAAUCCCAAGAUUCGUGGGCGACCGUCUUGGGCAUACUCAAAACCGAAAGCGAGCCCGAAGCAACACUCUUCGCCGCCAUCACUCUUCGCGGCAAGUUGACAUACGAUCUCUCGACCCAAGUCUCUCCCGGUGAGCUCCCGGAGCUUCGAAACCAGAUCCUCCUGCUGUUGAAGCACUUCGCAGCUGGCCCGAAACCAAUCAGAACCCAACUCUGUGUGUGUCUGGCCAUCCUGGCCAUACAGAUGAAGGAUUGGGACGACGUGCUUCCAUCAGUCGUCCAGUCGCUCGCCGACAGCCCCGAGAGCCAUGCGUGCAUCCUGGAUUUCCUCCGAGUGCUCCCCGAGGAGGUGACCGAGGGUCGCAAAAUCACCUUGUCUGAAGAUGAUCUCGCCGCCCGCACACAGGCCUUGCUGGGAAGUAACACGAAACAGGUCGUCCACCUCCUCAUCAACUAUGCUCAGUCCUCAGCCGCCGCUUCUCGAAACCCCCAGCUAAUGGAAUGCAUCACAUCCUGGCUGAGGGAGGUCCCGGUUGCCAACGUUAUCAACUCCCCGCUUCUCGACGUCAUCUUUGGCGGCGUCACGAGCGACGAAUGCAGCCAAGAGUCCUCCGAGUGCCUAUGCGUGAUGCUGAGGGAAACGAGCGACGUCGACGAGUGCCAAGACGAGGUCCAGGCGCUGUUCCCCCGUAUCAUCGGUAUCCAGCCCCACAUCCAAAGGGUGGUUGGAGAGGAAGACGCCGACAAGCUCAAGUCGCUGACCAAGGUCUUUGCCACCGCCGCCGAGAGCUGGGUCGUCGGCAUCGCGCGCCAGCCCGCGCUAUUCAAGCCUCUGGUGGAUGCGGUCCUCGAGUGCGCGGCGCGAGACGCGGAUCGAGACGUCAUUGAACAUACCUUUAGCUUCUGGUAUGAGCUCAAGCAGUACCUCGUGCUCGAGAGGUACAUCCAGGGCCGCCUGGAGAUGGUGGACGUCUACUCGAAGCUCGUCGACAUACUCCUCAAGCACCUGGAAUACCCCAAGCCAGAUUCUGGCAACGAAUCCGAACUAUUCGACGGGGACCGUGAGCAGGAGGAAAAGUUCCGCGAGUUUCGCCACCAGAUGGGGGACACGCUCAAGGAUUCCUGCGACAUCAUGGGAGUGACGGACUGCCUGACCAAGGUGCUCAACGCCAUCCAGAUCUGGACGCAAAAGUAUGCCGGCCAGGUAUCGGGCACCAACGUGCCGCAUUGGCAGGAGCUCGAGGCCCCCCUGUUCGCCAUGCGUGCACUCGGACGCAUGGUGGACAAGGAUGAGAACAUCGUGUUGCCUCAGCUGAUGCCGCUCUUGGUGCAAAUCCCCAGCCACGAAAAGCUGCGCUUCGCGACAAUCAUGGUGCUCGGGCGGUACACGGAAUGGACGGCGGCGCACCCGGACUAUCUCGAGCCCCAGUUCAACUACAUUGUCAACUCGUUUCAGUCCGACUCCCGGGAAAUCAUGAGGGCCGCCGCGCUGUCCGUCAAGUUCUUCUGUACCGACUGCAAGCACCUCCUCAGCGGACAAGUCUUGCAGCUGCAGACGUUCUACGACGAGAUCCUCGACAAGCUGCCGGAACUGAGCCGGGAGGAGAUCACCGAGGGCGUCGCCAACGUGGUGGCCGUCCAGCCCGUGGCGGAGACGUACCGGCUCCUCAAGCUCUACUGUGACCCCCUGGUACAAAGGUUGAUGAGCAAGGCCAACAGCGCCACCGACGACGAGGGCAAGCUGGCGCUGGCAGACCACCUUCAACUCGUGACGAUAUUCGUGCAAAACGUAGUGCCGCUCGUCGGGCCGGGAGAGGAGAAUCCUGCGGUCAAGUAUUGGCAAGAGGUGUUUCCCAUCCUGUCCACGGUUCUAGACAACUUCCUAGACUUUAGCCCCAUUUGCGAGAGGAUCUGCCGGUGCUGGCGCAACAUGGUCAUAUCGUACCGUACGGCCAUGUCGCCGCUGCUGCCGGAAAUGGCCAACAAGCUCGCCAGCAGCUUCAACCGGGCGAGGGAGGGCUGCUUCCUCUGGGUCACGUCGGCAAUUCUGCGUGAGUUUUCCGAGGAUCGCGAGCACGUGGACCAGGCGACGACGGAAAACAUUUACACAUUUUUCGAGGCCCAGACAACGACGUUUCUGCGCGUCAUGACGGAGCUGCAACCGCAGGAACUGCCCGACGUCAUCGACGACUUCUUCCGGCUCCUGAUUGACGCGCUGCUGUACUACCCGCAGAGGCUCGUGCCGUCGCACCUGCUGGUGCCCAUCUUCGAGGCGUCCAUCUACGCGCUCACACUGGAGCAGCGCGACCCCCUCUCGUCGACGUUGCACUUUUUGCGAGAUUUGUUGUCGUACGGCGGCAACAAUCCGGCCACCAGCGAGGGCCUGCCAGACGAAGCGGCCGCCAACAUACGGGGCAUCGUGAAGAACCUGCUGAUGAGCCACGGCGUGAGCCUGGUGAAGCAGGUCAUGGCCGGCAUGAUGAUUACGUUUCCGCGAGACUGCUUUGCGGACGGCAGCGGGGUUCUCCUGGCGCUGUUCGAGCUGCUCCCGGCCGAGACAACGGAAUGGGUGUCGCAGACGAUACAGCUCCUCCCCCAGGGAACGGUGUCGGCCGCCGAGGCGCAGCGGCUGAUCUCCAAGAUCAAGGAGAAGCUGCAGUCGGGCGAUGCGGGAGGCAUGCGGCACGUGCGAGGGCUGCUGCAGGACUUUACCAACACGUACCGCCGCAGGAACGUGGCGCCGCGAGACGGACUUGGCCAGCUCGAGGCGACGCGAUUCCAGUUUUCGGGCUGA